GUUCAGUGCCAAACAGGAAACUGUGCCAAACAGGAAACAGUUCCGGUUCUGACCCGCUUCAUAACAACAACAGAAACCCUGACCGAGGUUCUGAUGGGCGGAACCGAGGUUCUGAUGGGCGGAACCGAGGUUCUGAUGGGCGGAACCGCCUCCUGGUCCGGAUCCACAGUUAAUCAUUGGAGCCGCUGCGGCGUCAGAGAUCGUCUCUGCUGACAGAGCAGCGCCGCUAUAAAACCAGGAGAUGGCGACAGGGCGGCAGCAGCAGCAGCCGGAGGAUCCGCAGAAGAAGAACCGCUGAUCCGGGUGAAGGACCGACUCCUCUUCCUCCUCUUCCUCCUCUUCCUCCUCACCAUGCCUCCCGCCGCGGACCUGGGCCGGGCUCUGUGCGUCGUCACCGGGGCCUCCAGAGGCUUCGGCCGGGCCGUGGCCCUGGACCUGUGCCGGCUGGUCCAGCCCGGUUCGGCGCUGGUUCUGGUGGCCCGCUCCGGGGCCGACCUGCGGGCCGUGCAGGCCGAGCUGACCGAGUCCCAGGCGGGCCGAGGCGGCCUGAAGGUGGAGGCGGUGGCGGCGGAUGUCGGGAAGGUGGAGAGUCUGGAGGACGUCGUGAGAAUCAGCAGAGACGCUUUCAACGAGGAGAUGGAGACAAUUAUAGUGAUUAACAACGCAGCGUCUCUGGGCGACGUCUCCAAGUACGUGAAGGGGUUCACGGACAUGGCCCAGGUGGACGCCUACCUGUCGCUGAACGUCAGCUCCGCCGUGUGCCUGACGGCGCGGCUGCUGCAGGCCUUCCCGGCGCGGGCCGGGCUGCGGCGCUGCGUCAUCAACGUGACGUCGAUCUGCGCCCUGCAGCCGUUCCGCUCCUGGGGCCUUUACUGCACCGGCAAGGCGGCCAGAGACAUGAUGUUCAAGGUUCUGGCCGAGGAGGAGCCGGAGCUGCGCGUGCUCAGCUAUGAACCAGGACCGCUGGACACCGAGAUGCAGAUGGAGGCCCGGACCAAGACGGCCGACCCGAGCAUCAAGAAGAAGUUCUCCAACAUGUUCGCUCAGGGUCAGCUGGUGACCUGUGAGGCGUCUUCAGCCAAACUGAUGAAGCUGCUGCUGGAGGACGAGUUCCCCUCCGGAGAGCAUAUCGACAUCUUCGACGUGUAGCUGCUGCCAAGUCGUUUUUAUUGUAGCAUCGAUGUUGUGAUGAAACUUUGUAAUUGUUGUGUCUUAAUCCCAUCACCGUGGAAACGUUCCAACCUGCAGAUUAGCUGCUGCCAGACGUUGGUCACUUCUGACCAGAGGGAAACGGUUCUCCAGUUCUUCAUUUUCAAGUUCAGAAUCGGUGACGUAGCAAUCGGCUUUGGCAAAUGAGGAGAGAACUGACUAGCGUUAGCAUCGGAGAGGCUAGUGACUAGCAUACUAAGGCUGAUCACCCACUAGCUUACCUUCUCUCUCUGCUGCACGUUAGCCUUGGAUUGGAUAGGACGGCCUGUCCAAUGCUAACACUAGCCUAGCUAAUCCUAGGCUAUCCGUGCUAAUUUACAGCAGGAGGCUACGAUGGGUGUCCAUCCUAGACAUGCUAGUUGUUAGCCUCUCCAAAGCUAACGCUAACUUAUCGUUUGUCAGAGCCGAUCAGUCGGAUCAGAAACUGGGUCCAGAGUAAAAGUAGCCGCUGCCGGGUCGCAAUAGUGUUAAAUUUGGCACCAAUGCCACGCCUUACAGGUAGAUCCAGAACCAGAACCUGGAAGCUGAAGAACAAACGUUGGAGGAAACGGACCCGAGAUCAGGUUCUGUUCUGAUUCUGGACCAGAAGCUGCAGUGAAGUCAGAAUGACGGACUCCACGUUGGACGGCGUCCAGAUCAAACGGAACCGAGUCCAAACCGAGCGGCAGCUCGGACUUCAGACGCUCCGCCAUGUUGGUUCUCUGGUUCCCUGCUGUUCAGCUUCAGAAACGUGACGUUUGGGGUCAAAGGUCACAUGGACAACAGGAGGAUGAGACUUUCCAUGAAACGACGUUUCCAUGUGUUACGGUGCCUUGGAAAGGUCAGAGGUCAGGGAACCUUCCAGGCUGUUUAAAUAUGAACUAAUGAGCUGAAGCUGUCAGAAUAAAAGUGAAACUUAUCAACA